CCUCGAGGGCCGCGAGUUCGAGUUCCUCAUGCGGCAGCCCAGCGUCACCAUCGGCCGCAACUCGUCGCAGGGCUCCGUGGACCUGAGCAUGGGCCUGUCGAGCUUCAUCUCGCGGCGCCACCUGCAGCUCAGCUUCCAGGAGCCGCACUUCUACCUGCGCUGCCUCGGCAAGAACGGCGUCUUCGUGGACGGGGCCUUCCAGCGGCGCGGCGCGCCCGCCCUGCAGCUGCCCAAACAGUGCACCCUUCGGUUCCCUAGCACGGCCAUCAAGAUCCAGUUCACGUCGCUGUACCGUCAGGAGGAGGCCCCGGCGUCUCCCCUCCGGCCCCUCUACCCGCAGAUCUCCCCUCUGAAGAUUCACAUUCCGGAGCCGGAUCUCCGCAGCCUGGUCAGCCCCGUCCCUUCCCCGACCGGCACCAUCAGCGUUCCCAACUCCUGCCCGGCCAGUCCACGCGGAGCGGGGUCCUCCGGCUACCGCUUUGUUCAGAACGUGACCUCAGACCUGCAGCUGGCCGCAGAGUUUGCCGCGAAGGCCGCCUCAGAGCAGCAGGCGGACGCGUCCGGAGGGGACAGCCCUAAGGACGAGUCGAAGCCCCCGUACUCCUACGCUCAGCUGAUCGUGCAGGCCAUCUCGUCAGCGCAGGACAGGCAGCUAACACUAAGCGGCAUCUACACCCACAUCACCAAGCAUUACCCUUACUACCGGACGGCUGACAAAGGCUGGCAGAAUUCAAUCCGACACAACCUCUCUUUGAACCGCUACUUUAUUAAAGUCCCUCGUUCCCAGGAGGAGCCCGGGAAGGGGUCUUUUUGGCGAAUAGACCCCGCCUCAGAAGCGAAGCUCGUGGAACAGGCAUUCCGGAAACGGAGGCAGAGGGGCGUCUCCUGCUUCCGCACGCCCUUCGGGCCGCUGUCAUCCAGGAGUGCUCCAGCCUCGCCCACCCACCCUGGGCUGAUGUCCCCUCGCUCCAGCGGCCUGCAGACCCCAGAGUGCCUGUCUCGAGAGGGCUCGCCCGUGCCGCACGACCCUGACUUCGGGUCAAAAUUAGCUUCCGUUCCAGAGUAUCGGUAUUCCCAAAGCGCACCCGGUUCUCCCGUCAGCGCCCAGCCGGUGAUCAUGACCGUGCCUCCCCGACCGCCCAGCCUGGUGGCCAAGCCCGUCGCCUACAUGCCCGCGUCCAUAGUGACGGCGCAGCAGCCCUCCGGCCACGCCAUCCACGUCGUGCAGCAGGCUCCCCCUGUCACCAUGCUCAGGGUGGUCACCACGUCCGCCGGCUCCGCCAACGGGUACAUCCUCGCCGGCCAGGCCUCGGCAGGAGCCGCCCACGAAGCGGCGGGCACAGCCGUGCUGGACCUGGGAAGCGAGACAAGAGGCCUGGAGGAGAAGCCCGCCAUCGCCUUCGCCACCAUCCCCGCCGCUAGCCGCGUCAUCCAGACGGUAGCCAGUCAGAUGGCCCCGGGGGUCCCCGGCCACACGGUCACCAUCCUGCAGCCAGCCACUCCGGUGACCAUCGGGCAGCACCACCUACCGGUCCGGGCCGUCACUCAGAACGGGAAGCACGCGGUCCCCACCAACAGUUUAGCCGGCAGCACUUACGCCCUCACCAGCCCCCUACAACUCCUGGCGGCCCAGGCGAGCUCAUCCACACCGGUGGUGGUCACGCGGGUGUGCGAGGUGGGGCCCGAGGAGCCGGCGGCGGCCGCGGCCACCACCGCCACCGCCCCGGCCACCGCUGCUUCCGCCGCCUCUUCCACCGGGGAGCCCGAGGUCAAAAGGUCGCGCGUAGAGGAGCCCAGUGGGACUGUGACCGCGCAGGCCGGGGUGAUCACGGCCGCCGGCCCGCAGGGACCCGGAACCGGGGAGUGAAGACGCCUGCCUACGGGCCGAGUGGGACGCUCGCCAUAAGGGAUUCUGGAGCCAGGCCCUGACCGCCGACCCCCUGCCGCUUGCGGACCGCGACAAGAAGGCUCCAUGGUGACCUGCGCACGUGCCAAACGGACAGGACGGUCUCGGCCUCCACCCGCACCUGGACGCACUCGUCCUCCCUGUUCUGUCUCCUGCCCCUGCUGUGGUUUAAAACAAAACACAUAAACAAGUUCAGACCGCUGAUUGUAUGAUUCGGGAA